AUGCGUUCCGCGUUGCUCCUUGCCGCCGCCGCCGCUCCUCUUGCGAGCGGCAUCCGCAUCAUCCAGUCCAACGACGACGGAUGGGCCGAGAUCAACGCGCGAACCCUCUUCAGCAGCUUAGUGGCUGCAGGCAACCAAGUCGUGCUCUCUGGCCCAGCCGAGAACCAGUCUGGCACCGGCUCUUCCGACGCAACACCCACGACCGUCGACUCAGACGGCUGCCAGUACUCGUCGUGCCCGGCCAAUGCCCCCGCCACAGGCGCAAACGCCACAGAUCCGCGCCUCAACUAUGUGAACUCGUACCCAGUCACCAGCAUCAAGCGCGGCAUCUCGACGACGGGGCCCGCGCUCUGGAGCGGUGCGGCGCCGCAGCUCGCCGUCACAGGACCUAACGUCGGCUCCAACGUCGACAUCCAGGCCUUCUUCUCCGGCACGAUUGGAGCUGCAGUGUACGCCGCGCACACGGCCAAGAUCCCCGCCCUCGCCUUCUCUGGAAGAUCGGGAGAUCCGACGGCCUGGAACGUCUCCCCAGUCCCUAUCCAUAGCAAGGUCUACGCCGACCUUGCGCUCAACUUGACCACCACCAUAAUUAACUCGGGCACACCCUACCUUCCCGACGACGUCUUCCUGAACGUGAACUUCGGCGAGGUCACCGAUACCAAGUGCAACAGCGCCUCGCAGUUCAAGUUCAUCCCCACGCGUGUGACGACAGGGCUGCUGAGUGCCCGCGACACGGAGAUCUGCGGGAGCACGAGGCUGCCGUGGGAAGCGGAUGUGAGUCAGUUGCGGAGCGGGUGUUUUGUUAGUGUUAGUGUGGGUGAUGCGGCGGAUAAGACGACGGCAGAUGCCGCGAGGCAGAAGGUUGCCUUCGAUAAGUUGAAGCCUAUCCUUUCGUGCCUGUAG